GGGGGAAUUCAGCCUGUCCAAUUACAAGGAUCAGCGUGAGCUGAGCUGCUGCCGGUACAUACGUUAUGGGAACAACAAACUUGAUUGCCCUUGCCAUCUGCCUGGAUUGAUAACUGUCACCCCUCUUCCAAUAAGCUCUGAAAGUCGCACGGGUUACUGAAAACACUAACCUCUCGGCAGCAGUUGACUGUGGCAGGAUGUGUGGACGAUGAUGAUGGCAAGAAAGCAAGAUGUUCGUAUUCCCACCUACAACAUUAGUGUGGUGGGAUUGUCCGGGACGGAGAAGGAGAAGGGGCAGUGUGGCAUCGGGAAGUCCUGCCUCUGCAAUCGCUUUGUCCGGCCUAGCGCAGAUGACUUCCAUUUGGACCACACUUCCGUUCUCAGCACCAGUGACUUUGGAGGGAGGGUCGUUAAUAAUGAUCACUUCCUUUACUGGGGCGAAGUGGUUCGUUCCCUGGAGGACUGCGUGGAAUGUAAAACGCAUAUUGUGGAACAGACUGAAUUUAUCGAUGACCAGACUUUUCAGCCGCAUCGAAGCACGGCCCUGCAGCCCUAUAUCAAAAGGGCAGCUGCAACCAAACUUGCGUCAGCUGAAAAGCUCAUGUAUUUUUGCACUGAUCAGCUUGGGCUGGAACAGGACUUUGAACAGAAACAAAUGCCAGACGGAAAGCUGCUCAUCGACGGCUUUCUCCUCUGCAUUGACGUUAGUAGGGGCAUGAACAGGAAUUUUGAUGAUCAGCUGAAGUUUGUUUCCAAUCUUUACAAUCAACUUGCAAAAACAAAAAAGCCCAUUGUGGUGGUCCUGACAAAGUGUGACGAAGGCGUGGAGCGGUACAUUCGAGAUGCACAUACUUUUGCCUUAAGCAAAAAGAACCUCCAGGUUGUGGAGACCUCUGCAAGGUCCAAUGUGAACGUUGACUUGGCUUUCAGCACUUUAGUGCAGCUAAUUGACAAAAGCCGGGGGAAGACUAAAAUUAUCCCCUACUUUGAAGCCUUGAAACAGCAGAGCCAGCAGAUAGCUACUGCAAAAGAUAAGUAUGAGUGGCUGGUUAGCCGCAUUGUCAAAAAUCAUGGUGAAACAUGGUUGAAUGUCAGCAGAAAGAUGCAGUCCUCUCAAGAAUAUUUGGACUACGUCUAUCUGGAAGGAACCCAGAAAGCCAAGAAGCUGUUUCUCCAACACAUUUAUCGUCUCAAACAUGAGCACAUCGAACGCAGACGGAAGAAGUAUCUCGCUACUCUUCCUCAGGCGUUCGACGCCCUCAUCCCCGACCUGGAUGAAAUCAAUCACCUGAGCUGCAUAAAAGUCGAGAAACUACUGGAGGCAAAGCCAGACUUCUUGAAGUGGUUCGUUGUCCUGGAAGAGACGCCCUGGGAUGCGACCAGCCAUAUAGACAACAUGGAAAACGAGCGCAUUCCUUUCGACCUGAUGGAGACUCCGCCCGCAGAACAGCUUUAUGAAGCCCACUUAGAAAAGCUGAGGAAUGAGAGGAAAAAAACCGAAAUGAAAAGGCUCUUCAAGGAUAACCUGGAGACUUCCCCUUUCAUAACACCUGGAAAGCCAUGGGAAGAGGCUCGGAGUUUCAUCAUGAAUGAGGAUUUUUACAUGUGGCUGGAGGAAUCUGUCUAUAUGGACAUCUACAGCAAACACCAAAAACAAAUCAUAGAGAAGGCAAAAGAGGAGUUACAGGAACUACUUCUGGAGUAUUCGGAGUUGUUUUAUGAGCUAGAGCUCGAUGCCAAGCCCAGCAAGGAGAAAAUGGGUGUCAUUCAAGAUGUGUUGUGUGAAGAGCAAAGAUUUAAAGCACUACAGAAGCUGCAAGCGGAGAGAGAUGCCCUUAUUCUGAAGCACAUUCAUUUUGUAUAUCACCCGACAAAGGAAACAUGUCCUAGCUGCCCUGUGUGUAUAGACUCAAAAAUUGAACACUUGAUUAGUUCCAGGUUUAUCAGACCAUCCGAGCGCAAUCAGAAGAACUUUCUGUCGGAUUCCAACAUAGAUAGGAUCAACCUGGUUAUACUCGGCAAAGACGGCCUAGCGCGCGAGUUGGCAAAUGAGAUUCGAGCUCUUUGCACGAACGAUGACAAGUACGUGAUAGACGGCAAAAUGUAUGAACUUUCCCUGAGGCCAAUCGAAGGUAACGUCCGACUGCCCGUUAAUUCUUUCCAGACGCCAACGUUUCAGCCUCAUGGUUGUCUCUGCCUUUACAAUUCAAAGGAAUCUCUCUCUUACGUUGUGGAAAGCAUUGAAAAAAGCCGAGAGUCGACCCUUGGCCGAAGGGACAACCACUUGGUUCAUCUUCCUCUGACACUAAUCCUGGUCAACAAGCGAGGAGACACCAGUGGGGAAACACUACAUAGCUUAAUACAGCAAGGGCAGCAGAUCGCUAGCAAGCUACAGUGCGUCUUUCUUGACCCUGCUUCCGCCGGCAUUGGGUACGGGCGUAACAUUAAUGAAAAGCAAAUCAGUCAAGUUUUGAAAGGGUUGCUAGACUCGAAGCGGAACUUGAACCUGGUCAGUUCCACAUCUAGCAUCAAAGAUCUGGCAGACGUGGACCUUCGCAUCGUUAUGUGUCUGAUGUGUGGAGAUCCUUUUAAUGUGGACGACAUCCUCCUGCCUGUCCUCCAGUCCCAGACCUGCAGACCCUCUCAGUGUGGAAGCAGCAGCUCCGUUCUUCUCGAGCUCCCAAUAGGACCGCACAAAAGGCGUAUCGAACUCUCCAUCCUUUCGUACCAUUCCUCGUUCAGCAUUAGGAAAAGCCGUUUAGUCCAUGGGUACAUUGUAUUUUACUCGGCCAGGCGUAAGGCGUCCUUGGCUAUGUUACGUGCCUUUCUUUGUGAAGUGCAGGAUAUUAUCCCCAUCCAGAUCGUGGCGCUCACAGAUGGCUCGAUGGACAUCCUUGACAACGAUUUGAGUAGAGAGCAGUUUACAGAGGGAGAAGAGAUCGCGCAGGAGAUAGAUGGAAAGUUUACGACGAUACCUUGCAGCCAGCCUCAGCACAAGCUUGAGAUCUUUCACUCAUUUUUUAAAGACGUGGUGGAGAAAAAAAACAUAAUCGAAGCCACUCACAUGUACGACAAUGCUGCUGAAGCGUGCAGCACGACAGAAGAAGUGUUCAACUCGCCCCGGGCUGGCUCGCCCCUCUGCAAUUCCAAUCUCCAGGAUUCAGAAGAAGAUAUCGAGCCUCCAUCCUACAGCCCAUUCAGAGAAGACACAUCUAUGCCCACCUUGUCCAAAGAUCAUUCUAAACUUUCCAUGGAGCUGGAGGGGAACGAUGGUCUGUCUUUCAUUUCUGUUAUGAACACUUUUGACAGCAAGCUGAACAACAAAGUACCUCCUCCGGUGAAACCAAAGCCCCCUGUCCACUUCGACAUUACAAAGGGGGAUCUGUCGUAUUUGGAACAAGGGCAUCGAGAUGGACAGAGAAAGUCUGUUUCUUCUAGUACCUGGUUGCCCCCGGAUGGUUUUGAUCCUUCUGAUUAUGCCGAGCCUAUGGAUGCUGUGGUCAAGCCAAGGAACGAGGAGGAGAAUAUAUACUCCGUGCCUCACGACAGCACCCAAGGCAAAAUCAUCACCAUUCGUAACAUUAACAAAGCCCAGUCCAACGGCAGCGGGAAUGGUUCAGACAGUGAAAUGGACACAAGCUCUCUGGAACGUGGGCGAAAAGUGUCCAUCGUUAGUAAGCCCGUGUUGUAUCGGACGAGGUGCACACGGCUUGGGAGGUUUGCCAGCUACAGAACCAGCUUCAGUGUUGGUAGUGAUGACGAACUGGGGCCUAUUAGGAAGAAAGAGGAAGACCAGACGUCCCAAGGAUAUAAGGGGGAUAAUGCUGUUAUUCCGUACGAGACUGCUGACGGCGAAGACCCGAGGAGGAGGAACAUUCUGCGCAGUUUAAGAAGGCCAGCCAAGAAACCAAAGCCCAAGCCUCGGCCGUCCAUCACAAAGCCCACGUGGGAAAGUCUCUAUUUUGGGGUGCCUUUGACCAGCGUAGUGACUCCAGAAAAACCCAUUCCCAUCUUUAUCGAGAGAUGUAUCGAGUACAUUGAAGCAACAGGGUUGAGCACAGAAGGCAUCUACCGCGUGAGUGGAAACAAGUCGGAGAUGGAGAGUCUGCAGAGGCAGUUUGAUCAAGAUCACAACCUGGACCUGGCUGAGAAGGACUUCACGGUGCACACUGUGGCCGGGGCCAUGAAAAGCUUCUUCUCAGAACUGCCCGACCCCCUGGUACCCUACAACAUGCAGAUUGAGCUGGUGGAAGCCCACAAAAUAAAUGACCGGGAGCAGAAGCUGCACGCGCUCAAAGAGGUGCUGAAGAAGUUCCCCAAGGAGAACCACGAGGUCUUCAAAUACGUCAUCGCGCACCUGAACAAGGUCAGUCACAACAGCCGCGUGAACCUGAUGACGAGCGAUAACCUGUCCAUCUGCUUCUGGCCGACGCUGAUGAGGCCGGAUUUCAGCACCAUGGACGCCCUGACGGCCACCCGCACCUAUCAGACAAUCAUUGAACUCUUCAUCCAGCAGUGCCCCUUCUUUUUCUACAAUCGGCCCAUCCUCGAGCCCCCCAGCGCGACGCCCAGCUCCCCCUCGGCGGUCCCUGCCACCACGCCCUUCCUGACCUCCACGCCCCGGGUCCGGGCCCCGGCUUCGGCCGAGGUGCUGUCCGGCGUGGACCUGCAGCCGGGCGGGCGGUGA